AAUGAAUGCCACGUUAUUUAUGAGCGAAUUAAUGGUACAAUAAAUACAAUGAAUUGAAUGGUUUUGGCAGUGAUUUGACGGCAAAUAUGUUUCGACAAACACUUCAAUCACUCGACUUCUACGGCGCCCAACACUUCGACAGCACCGAUGUGAAACAAUUGCGACAAUUGAUUGCAUGGAUUGAAGACCAGAAGAUCAGACACUAUAGGAUUGAAGACCGGCUUAUCCUCAGAGACAUCGACCACAAGGACUGGGACUCAGCCUUUCAUAAGUACUUAUCGGACAUUUCGUGUCCAAUCGGUUCCAACAAAACGGAUCUCGUGUUGGAUUGGAUUCUGACGACUGCCUUAAGAUUUGAAUACAGAGACCAUUGUAUGUCUUGUAUGUGUGAACCAAUUGAUAGCAAUUUAAUGGAGAAGUACCGCAAACCAGCCGAUGAUUAUGAGAGCAGAUCAGUGACGCCAACCAAUCCCAUCGAUGGCCUCGACUUCGACAGCGAUGAGUUCUGCGAUGGUGUCAAACAAUUGGCACCACUUCUCAAAGUGGCCGCACAUCCCACCAAUCAUUUGUGCACUUUAAGUGCUAUCACUCUUGUCAUCAAAAAUCACAUUUCAAUCGAGUCUAACGACAAGAGUGAAGACAAAGUGGAACUCAAGACUAAUAAUAGGAAACUAUUGGACAACAAGUCGAUGCAAUUGAAGACCGGAUCCAAUGACUCGGUUCUCACAAAUAGCGCCAAAAUUCUUAGACUCUUAUAUAUCAAUGAUUUGAGAGAAUUGCAGACAACUGUCAAUGAAAUGAUUGCAUCGAUUCAGUCGAUUACAGCCAAUCCCAAGACUGACACCACUUUAGGCAAAGUUGGCUCAUAAGGGCUGACACGACACACAAACACUUAAUAUAACACUAUUUAUAUCAUUGUAUUUAAUAUUUGAUGUGAUUUUUUAAGAAUAUUAUAAUUAAUAUAAAAACAAAAUUCAUGAAA